UUUCUAAAUUUUCACACAAUCAAAAUGGUUUUGUCUCCGGAGCAUCUGGGUUCGGAUUAUUUGUGCUUCGUGGCCACCGCUACAAUAACUAGCGUCGCAAUUACACUUGGGUGUACCGCCGGUCACCGUGAGAUUUUCCGGAGAAGAUCCAGCUCGAAUUCAAAAAAGUCGAAAAAGUCGAUGAAAUCCAGGAAAUCGAUGAAAUCGAAGCGUGAUCGUAGAACAAGUGAACGAGAAAGAAAAUCGAGUAGAGAUCGGAAUAAGGUUAGUCGGAGGAGUAUGAAGAGCUCGAGGGAUCGGAAGAGUCGUCGGAGUUCCAAGGAUCGGAAAAGCCAUCGGAGCUCGAAUCGGAAGAGAGACAGAGAAGAUGAUGUGAGAGACGGUUCACGGAAGGGAGUUAGAGAUGGAAGAAGUCGGAAGUCUGGCAAGUCUCGAAAAUCUCAAAAAUCUCAAAAAUCUACAAAACUUGAGAAAAAGAAGUGCUCGAUCCGCUCCGAGGACAUCAAAACUCCACGGCAUGACAGCGAGUACCGUCCAACUAAUGAAGUUCGGUCGGUGUACGUGGCAACUGGACAAUCCACGUAUUCCAAGCCAAGUAAGCCCGAGAACGACAAAUCAUAUUAUUCGGUCCCUUCAAAAGAUAAAUCCACGUCGAAAAAGCAGAAGAUGUUGAGAAGUGAUAUGGCGGAUUCUGCUUCUCCGAAGAGCUUGAAAAAGAUCAAGAGUUCGAAAGAUCCAUUGAGAUCUUCUUCAAGAAAGACUACAAAACCGAGUAAGAAGUUGUCUGGGAGAUCUUCGAAGAAGAACUUGGCGUCUAAAAAAUCAAAAAAGAGAUCCAUGUGCUGACUCUCCUUCUCUGGGAAAUUGAACUUAUCAUAAAAAAAGUCUAGUUGAAAUAAAAAGUUUGGUCUUUUUUUCUAUUUUCAGGGCCCAUUAGUUUGUUAAUAAAAGUUGUCGAUUCCUCGAAA